AUGCCCAUCACAAAGCGUGCGAUCUCGCCGGUCAAUGUAAGCCUUCAUCGUUUACCGGCAUCGAUUCAGCGUGACGAACUGGAAUGCGUCGCAAAUGGCACUCUGGCAAACCUGAUUCGACAGCUGAGCUCGUUGAGCCGCCAUGCUGAGCAUAUUUUUGGCGAAAUUUACCACGAGGCUGUAAAAUUGGACCACAAAACGAAUAUGCUGUCGCAGCGAAUCGAACGUCUCACGCACAAAGUGUCACAGCUCGACUACACAAAGGAAGAAGUAUCACUGGAGGAUUUGCAUAUGCGUAAGCCGUUUAAAAGUAGUUGUUUGAUCGAUCAGCACACGUUAGAUCGCCAGACACUGCCAUCGGCGCUGGCAGAAUGUUACGCUGCAUGCGAUCCGCCGCCCGCUUUGGAUGCACUCAAUCCGUACAGAGAUGACAAGAAAAGUGCUCUUCGGUGA